AUGGGAAACGCUGUGUAUACGGAUCAGUUGGUCUGUCAUGACACGAUCGAGUCAUGCAGAUCCGCCUGCCACAACGCUGAAUGUGUAUUCGCUGAUAAAUGUAAUGGUGCUGCAAAUAAGUACAUAUGCGUUCCGGUUGACUUCCGAUUCCUUACAUGGCUAAUAUUCGGAUGUUUCCUCGUUGUGCUCUUGGUGUGUUCGUCGUUGGUGGCGUGUUACGCGUGUCGAGCGAUUCGAUCCUCGGUGCGCUGGCAGCAAAUGCACUAUCCGAACAGAGAGGUUGUGUUCAACAAUCCCGGACGAGUUCAUCAUAUUGAGCUCGAUGAAGGACGUUACAAGUACGGACCGCCACCUUCACGACGCAAUUAA